AUGGAGCCAUCCUCACCCCAGGAUGAGGGCCUGAGGAAGAAACAGCCCAAGAAGCCCGUUCCUGAGAUUCUGCCAAGGCCACCCCGGGCCUUGUUCUGCUUGACCCUCCAGAACCCCCUGAGGAAGGCCUGCAUCAACAUCGUGGAAUGGAAACCCUUCGAGACAAUCAUCUUGCUCACCAUCUUUGCCAACUGUGUGGCCCUGGCUGUGUACCUGCCCAUGCCAGAAGAUGACAACAACACUCUCAACCUUGGUCUGGAGAAACUGGAGUAUUUCUUCCUCAUCGUCUUCUCAAUCGAAGCCGCCAUGAAGAUCAUUGCCUAUGGCUUCCUGUUCCACCAGGAUGCCUACCUGCGCAGCGGCUGGAAUGUGCUAGACUUCAUCAUCGUCUUCCUGGGGGUUUUCACCGUGAUUCUGGAACAGGUUAACGUCAUCCAAAGCAACACCGCCCCGAUGAGCAGCAAAGGGGCUGGCCUGGACGUCAAGGCCCUGAGAGCCUUCCGUGUGCUCAGACCCCUCCGGCUUGUGUCGGGGGUGCCGAGCCUGCAGGUGGUCCUCAACUCCAUCUUCAAGGCCAUGCUUCCCCUGUUCCACAUCGCCCUGCUUGUCCUCUUUAUGGUCAUCAUCUAUGCCAUCAUCGGGCUGGAGCUCUUCAAGGGCAAAAUGCACAAGACCUGCUACUUCAUUGGGACAGAUAUCGUGGCCACGGUAGAGAACGAGAAGCCCUCACCCUGCGCCAGGACGGGCUCGGGACGCCCGUGCACCAUCAACGGCAGCGAGUGUCGGGGCGGCUGGCCGGGGCCCAACCACGGCAUCACGCACUUUGACAACUUUGGCUUCUCCAUGCUCACCGUGUACCAGUGCAUCACCAUGGAGGGGUGGACCGAUGUCCUCUACUGGGUCAAUGAUGCCAUUGGGAACGAGUGGCCCUGGAUCUAUUUUGUCACCCUCAUUCUGCUGGGAUCCUUCUUCAUUCUCAACCUGGUGCUGGGUGUCCUGAGCGGGGAAUUCACUAAGGAGCGGGAGAAGGCCAAGUCCAGGGGAACCUUCCAAAAGCUCCGGGAGAAGCAGCAGCUGGAAGAGGACCUCCGGGGCUACAUGAGCUGGAUCACGCAGGGCGAGGUCAUGGACGUUGAGGACUUGAGAGAAGGGAAGCUGUCUCUGGAUGAAGGAGGCUCCGACACAGAGAGCCUGUAUGAAAUCGAGGGCUUGAACAAAAUCAUCCAGUUUGUCCGCCACUGGAGGCAGUGGAACCGCAUCUUUCGCUGGAAGUGCCACGAUGUGAUCAAGUCCAGAGUCUUCUAUUGGCUGGUGAUCCUGGUCGUUGCCCUCAACACCCUGUCUAUCGCCUCAGAGCACCACAACCAGCCUCUCUGGUUGACCCAUUUCUGUUGGUUCUUUACGCUCGUCAUGAAGAUGUGCGGGCUGGGCCUGCGCCAGUACUUCAUGUCCAUCUUCAACCGCUACGCUUCUCUGCAGUCAGCGGGAACGCGAGCUGCUUGCUGUAAGAGCAGCGCGGGGCUAUGGGGCACUGGGACGGGCAUCGGGGGCGCCGCUCGUCUCUACCGGUGACCGUCUGCCUUCAGGUACUGGACGUCGCUGAGCAACCUGGUGGCAUCCCUGCUCAACUCCAUCCGCUCCAUCGCCUCCCUGCUGCUGCUGCUUUUCCUCUUCAUCGUCAUCUUCGCCCUGCUGGGCAUGCAGCUCUUCGGGGGCAGGUACGACUUCGAGGACACGGAGGUGCGGCGCAGCAACUUUGACAACUUCCCGCAGGCCCUCAUCAGCGUCUUCCAGGUCCUAACAGGUGAAGACUGGAAUUCUGUGAUGUACAACGGGAUCAUGGCCUACGGCGGGCCGUCCUACCCUGGGGUGCUCGUGUGCAUUUAUUUCAUCAUCCUUUUUGUCUGUGGCAAUUAUAUCCUGCUCAAUGUCUUCCUGGCCAUCGCUGUGGACAACCUGGCUGAGGCAGAGAGCCUGACUUCUGCCCAGAAGGCCAAAGCUGAGGAGAAAAAACGCAGGAAGAUGUCCAAGGGUCUUCCAGAUAAGUCAGAGGAAGAGAAGUCAGUGAUGGCCAAGAAGCUGGAACAGAAACCCAAGGGUGAAGGCAUCCCUACCACCGCCAAGCUGAAAAUCGAUGAAUUUGAAUCUAAUGUCAAUGAAGUGAAGGAUCCCUACCCCUCAGCUGACUUCCCAGGAGAUGAUGAGGAAGAUGAGCCCGAGAUCCCAGUGAGCCCCCGACCACGCCCGCUGGCUGAGCUGCAGCUCAAAGAGAAGGCAGUGCCCAUCCCAGAAGCCAGCUCCUUCUUCAUUUUCAGCCCCACCAACAAGAUCCGUGUCUUGUGUCAUCGCAUUGUCAACGCUACCUGGUUCACCAACUUCAUCCUCCUUUUCAUCCUGCUCAGCAGUGCCGCACUGGCCGCCGAGGACCCCAUCCGGGCCGAGUCCGUGAGGAAUCAGAUCCUUGGGUAUUUCGACAUUGCGUUCACCUCUGUCUUCACCGUGGAGAUUGUCCUCAAGAUGACGACCUACGGUGCCUUCCUGCACAAGGGCUCCUUCUGCCGCAACUACUUCAACAUCCUGGACCUGCUGGUGGUGGCCGUGUCCCUCAUCUCCAUGGGACUCGAGUCCAGCACCAUCUCCGUGGUGAAAAUCCUGAGGGUGCUGAGGGUGCUCCGGCCCCUGCGGGCCAUCAACAGAGCCAAGGGGCUGAAGCACGUGGUGCAGUGUGUGUUUGUGGCCAUCCGCACAAUCGGGAACAUCGUCCUCGUCACCACCCUCCUGCAGUUCAUGUUUGCCUGCAUCGGCGUCCAGCUUUUCAAGGGGAAGUUCUUCAGCUGCAAUGACUUAUCCAAGAUGACAGAGAAGGAGUGCAGGGGCUAUUACUAUGUGUACAAGGAUGGGGACCCCACCCAGAUGGAGCUGCGCCCCCGCCAGUGGAUACACAGCGACUUCCAUUUCGACAACGUGCUCUCGGCCAUGAUGUCACUCUUCACGGUCUCCACCUUUGAGGGAUGGCCUCAGCUGCUUUACCAGGCCAUAGACUCAUACAAGGAAGACACAGGCCCCGUCUACAACAACCGAGUGGAGAUGGCCAUCUUCUUCAUCAUCUACAUCAUCCUCAUUGCCUUCUUCAUGAUGAACAUCUUUGUGGGCUUCGUUAUUGUCACCUUCCAGGAGCAGGGGGAGACUGAGUACAAGAACUGUGAACUGGACAAAAACCAGCGCCAGUGUGUGCAAUAUGCCCUGAAGGCCCGCCCGCUGAGGUGCUACAUCCCCAAAAACCCAUACCAGUACCAGGUGUGGUAUGUCGUCACCUCCUCCUACUUUGAGUACCUGAUGUUUGCCCUCAUCAUGCUCAACACCAUCUGCCUGGGCAUGCAGCACUACAACCAGUCAGAGGAGAUGAACCACAUCUCAGACAUCCUCAACGUGGCCUUCACCAUCAUCUUCACCCUGGAGAUGGUCCUCAAGCUCAUGGCGUUCAAGGCCAGGGGCUAUUUUGGAGACCCCUGGAAUGUGUUUGACUUCUUGAUUGUCAUCGGCAGCAUCAUCGAUGUCAUUCUCAGUGAAAUCGACGUGAGUGCCACCUCCAGACUGACCUCUGGGGCUGCCGGCCCGCAGGACCCAGACGAGAGCGCCCGGAUCUCCAGCGCCUUCUUUCGCCUGUUCCGGGUCAUGAGGCUGAUCAAGCUGCUGAGCCGGGCAGAGGGAGUGCGCACUCUGCUGUGGACGUUCAUCAAGUCCUUCCAGGCCCUGCCAUACGUGGCCCUGCUCAUCGUCAUGCUCUUCUUCAUCUACGCCGUCAUCGGCAUGCAGAUGUUUGGUAAGAUCGCCAUGGUGGACGGGACCCAAAUAAACCGGAACAACAACUUCCAGACCUUCCCACAAGCUGUGUUGCUGCUCUUCAGGUGUGCGACAGGUGAGGCAUGGCAGGAGAUCCUCCUGGCCUGCAGCUACGGCAAGUUGUGUGACCCCGAAUCGGAUUAUGCCCCGGGUGAGGAGUACACGUGUGGCACCAACUUCGCCUACUAUUACUUCGUCAGCUUCUACAUGCUCUGCGCCUUCCUGAUCAUCAACCUGUUUGUAGCUGUCAUCAUGGACAACUUUGACUACCUCACCCGGGACUGGUCCAUCCUGGGCCCCCAUCACCUGGAUGAGUUCAAAGCCAUUUGGGCAGAGUAUGACCCAGAGGCUAAGGGCAGAAUCAAACACCUGGAUGUGGUGACCCUGCUGAGACGGAUCCAACCCCCUCUGGGCUUUGGGAAGUUCUGCCCACACCGGGUAGCAUGUAAGCGGCUGGUGGGCAUGAACAUGCCCUUGAACAGCGACGGCACGGUCACCUUCAACGCCACUCUCUUCGCCCUGGUCCGCACAGCACUCAAGAUCAAGACGGAAGGUAACUUUGAGCAGGCCAAUGAGGAGCUGAGGGCCAUCAUCAAGAAGAUCUGGAAGAGAACCAGCAUGAAGCUCCUGGACCAGGUCAUUCCUCCAAUAGGAGAUGAUGAGGUGACUGUAGGGAAGUUCUACGCCACGUUUCUCAUCCAGGAGCACUUCCGGAAGUUCAUGAAGCGCCAGGAAGAGUAUUAUGGGUAUCGGCCCAAGAAGGACACUGUACAGAUCCAGGCCGGACUGCGGACCAUUGAGGAAGAGGCAGCCCCAGAGAUCCGGCGCACCAUCUCAGGAGACCUGACAGCAGAAGAGGAGCUGGAGAGAGCCAUGGUGGAGGCUGCGAUGGAGGAAGGGAUAUUCCGGAGGACUGGGGGCCUGUUUGGCCAGGUGGACAACUUCAUGGAAAGGACCAACUCCCUGCCCCCUGUCAUGGCCAACCAGCGACCCCUCCAGUUUGCUGAGAUAGAGAUGGAAGAGCUGGAAUCACCCGUCUUCUUGGAGGAUUUCCCUCAAGAUCCACGCACCAACCCUCUUGCUCAUGCCAACACCAAUAAUGCCAAUGCCAAUGUUGCCUGUGACAAUAGCAGCCAUAGCAACAGCCAGCUAUUUUCCAGCAUCCGCUAUGAAAGGGAGUUCCCUGGAGAGACAGAGAUGCCUGCUGCCAGAGGAGGAGCCUUUGGCCAGCCCCAAAGCGUCCUGGGAGCCCACAGCAAAUCCUGUGUGGAAAAGCUAAAAGGACAGAUGGCCCAGAGAGAAAUGCCUGGGGCCCAGGCGUCUCCUACCCCCUGCCAGCGUGCCGGUGCAGAGCCUCCCCUGCCUGGGGAGAGGAGGGACCCCACCCCGGGGCCUGAGGAAGUAUCCCACCACGGUAGGACCAAGGAGAGUAGUUCCAGGUGCCAGACUCCAGCGACAGCCAGGCUGAUACAGGAGGCUCUGGUUCGAGGAGGCCUGGACACCUUGGCGGCUGAUGCUGACUUUGUCACGGUGACAGGCCGGGCCCUGGCAGAUGCCUGCCAGAUGGAACCAGAGGAUGUGGAGGUGGCAGCAACAGAGCUACUGAAAAGACAAGAGUCCCCAGAGGGCAUGGCCAGUGCCCAGGGACGCUUGAGCCUCGGGUCCUCGCUGGGGAGCCUUGACCAGCAUCAGGGCUCCCAGGAGACCCUGAUCCCCCGCAGGCUGUGA